CACUAUGGGGUGGUACGGUGGUAGAUGCGAUAACGGUCGGUCGGUGAAAAAGAAACUAAUAGACAAACUUUCUCCUCCACGAUGCGGAACGACCCCGAAUUUAACGCCAGUAUACCUUAACGUUUCGGACAAGGAGAGCACACACGCACCGGAAAGGGAAAGCAGAUGUGCAGGUGUUGUCGAUUUUUUGGGAGAAAAACUAGUUUUUGUGUACCGUUCAAGAGCGUAGGUCCUAGAGUAGAGCUCGGCUGAUUGCUCUUGAAAUAGUCCGUGUGUUGUUGCAGUUUGUAAUCGAUCGUACAAUUUUUUUCGCUAUGACGAGCGUAUUCGACAGUAUUGAUGCUGAAGUGUUCCAAACGUACCUUUUCUGGUCGUCGGUGCUGGUGAUGAAAAUGUUACUCAUGUCACCGCUAACAUCACUGACCCGUGUGCGAAAGAUGGCCUUUGCUAAUCCUGAAGAUGCAAGUGCAGUUAGCAAGAAGUUAAAGCCAAAACUGGACGAUCCCGAUGUUGAGCGUGUUCGAAGGGCACAUCUUAACGAUCUGGAAAACAUUCUGCCAUUCUUUGUCAUUGGCUUCCUGUACCUGUUGACCAAUCCUGCACCGUUCCUGGCAAUCAAUCUGUUCCGAGCGGUAGCAGUCUCACGGAUAUUACAUACGCUGGUGUAUGCCGUUGUUGUCGUCCCACAGCCAGCACGGUUUCUCGCGUUCAUGGGUGGCAUGGUGCCAACUGUAUACAUGACGCUGCAAACGAUACUGUACUUUAUGAUUUAAAGUGAUUACUGGAAGCGGUAUUUUCGAAACGCACAAUAAACUUAACGACCGUUAAGGCACUGGUCGGGGCAA